CCUCCUUAAUGAAACAGGCACACUAACCGUCAGCAUCUCCAAACAGAAACAUUUUAUAAACACCCAAGUUGCUCUUGAGACGAGCGUUUUUCUUGUAAAAUGCCUUGUUCGGUUAAUGUUAAUGCCCCCCCUCGUCCCUCCUCCUCACUCUCUUAAAAACUCUUCAGGUUUUUCCAACUGAGCGAUUCUGAGGCGGGCGCAACCGCACUAGAGGGGGAAGUCAAGUCGUGCUGGACUGGCGCGAUAUCCUCGCACAACUAAAAGAAGACCUGACGCGCGUUAAAAACAUGCUUUUAAAUGAUGGAAUAUGCUGAUUUUAAAAGUUGACCAGGGAUUUCUAGUUGUGGGGUGUUUGCGAGGCAUGGCUUUCCUUUUAACUUGCUUAUUUCUGUCUUGUUACAGUGCGAGCAGUGUUUGGGGAAAUCAGCCCGGUGAUACCAGUAUCUAUUUGGAUAACAUCACGCGCAUAUUGGAUAGAUUACUGGAUGGCUAUGACAACAGGCUGCGACCUGGAUUUGGAGGUCCGGUUACAGAGGUCAAAACUGACAUCUUUGUCACCAGCUUUGGACCUGUUUCAGAUGUUGAGAUGGAAUACACCAUGGACGUGUUCUUUCGUCAGACGUGGAUCGACGAGCGGUUGAAAUUCGAGGGCCCCAUUGAGAUCCUGCGGCUCAACAACCUGAUGGUCAGCAAGAUCUGGACGCCGGACACCUUUUUCCGGAAUGGCAAGAGGUCGAUCUCUCACAACAUGACCACCCCCAACAAGCUGUUUCGCAUCAUGCAGAACGGAACUAUCCUCUACACCAUGAGAUUAACUAUAAAUGCCGAGUGUCCCAUGCGUCUGAUGAACUUCCCGAUGGACGGCCACGCCUGCCCGCUCAAGUUUGGAAGUUAUGCUUACCCCAUCAGCGAGAUUGUGUACACUUGGAAGAAAGGUCCUCUGUCCUCAGUGGAGGUGCCACAGGAGUCAUCCAGUCUGCUGCAGUAUGACCUCAUCGGUCAGACGGUGUCCAGCGAGAGGUUAAAGUCCAACACGGGUGAAUAUGUCAUCAUGACAGUCCACUUCCACCUUCAGAGGAAAAUGGGCUUCUUCCUGAUUCAAACAUACAUUCCCUGCAUAAUGACGGUCAUCCUGGCCCAAGUCUCUUUCUGGAUUAAUAAGGAAUCAGUUCCAGCUCGGACUGUGUUUGGUAUCACCACUGUCCUCACCAUGACAACGCUCAGUAUCAGCGCCCGCCACUCCCUCCCCAAAGUUUCAUACGCCACGGCCAUGGAUUGGUUCAUCGCCGUUUGCUUUGCCUUCGUCUUCUCCGCCCUGAUUGAGUUUGCAGCUGUCAACUACUUCUCCACCCUGCAGGCCAACCGGGAGCUCAGGAAGGCAGCAGCCAUGAAGGCAGCAGCUCAGGAGGCAGCGGCUGCAGCUGCAGCUCCGGCUGCAGCCACGGGGAACGACGGAGAGGUUACCGCUGUGGAUGCGACCAGUGUGCUGAAGAAGAGGAUGAACUCUGCGCCACUGUUUGACCGCCCUGCCAAAACAUUCCCUAACCCGCCCGUCAAUGCCCAGGCCUUCCUGCAGCAGGGUUCAGCUGUACCGGCCAACAACGUUCUGACUGGCACCAGUAUCAUCGACAAAUACUCCCGCAUCCUCUUCCCACUUUCGUUUGGCGCCUUCAACCUUGUCUACUGGAUCGUCUAUCUCACAAAGGACACAAUGGAGAUGUCCAGGGACACCGUUUAAGCCAAGAGCUCAUCAACCUGGAAAUCACACACACUUCCAUACACCUGCACACACAUAUAUACACAAUAAAUAGAUGACAGACGCUUGCCAAGCACUCUUUUAUGCCGCCUCAGUGCAUUGUAUUUCUUUUUAAGUACUCCCCUGGAAAGUGAGUGUUUUGAGAGCACAUGUACCAGCUCCUAUUGCCAACUUGACCCUGGAGCUCACAGUCUGUGGGCCCCCAGGCUCUGGAACCAUUUCAAACAGGUACUACAUCUCUCUCUGUCUCUUUUUAUUUCUUUAUUUUUCUUCUCCCAGUAAAAAAAAAAAAAAAAAAAGUUCAAUGUUAUGACACUUUUUCCAUGUCCGUCUUGUAUCACCCCCUGCACCAAGAUGGAGCAAGAUGCAACGGCUAAGCUAGCUAGGCUGCAGAACCAGAGGCGGAGCCACUGCUUUGUUUUAUGUAUUUAUUUCUGUAUGCGUGCAACAUGCAUGCAGUCCCACACAUGGUAGUGAUCUUGCAUGUGAAAUGACACAUCCCUUCCUCUGAUAUAACACAUUUGAGGGAAUGAGUGUAGUCGUUGUGCUAACUGUGCUAGCGACUGACUGACUGAACUCCCAGCUCUUCCACAUUUUUUCUCCCACAACACUAUUUUUUUGGUUCACUGGCUUAAUUUCCCUCCACUGAUGGAACACAGAGGAUGUGAAAAAUCUUCAAAGGGUUUUUAUGGUGUGUUCCACUGGUACAUUGGCCUGGUUAUAUAUUCACUGUCAAAUGCACAUGUGGAAGGAGAAAUGUGCACAUAUGGAGAAAAUACAGACACUAAAACAUGCACAUGCCACUCACUUAAACUUACACUACACUGCAUUUUAUGAUAUCACAAUGACAGGAUGCUAUGUCCUGGAUUUCCUAUAGACAGAAAUAGACUCUGCAUGAUUGAAUGACUAUCAUACAGUAAUAUAGCUUGUUUCAGCUCAAAGCUGUAAUCCCUCUGGUAUCAUUUUUAGAAAAAGAAAAUCAGAGAACACGCAGGAGCAGCCCAAAGGAACAAGAUAUUUAAGUUUGCCAGAUAUUUUAUAUAAACCAGAUGAAUUAUUUUGAGCUGCAAAACUGUUGACAUGCAAGACACUGUAGUGCAAUAAUGAAUGUAAACGUAAUGGUGGAAAGAAAACCAAUCUGUACUCACUUUCGACUCAUAUAGCAACCCGAUCCUUCCCCAGAGAAGAUUUAGACCCUUAUAAGUUAACAUUCAUGUCAUAUUUAUUGUUUCUAUUUAUUGUAUUGUUAGUGGUUUUAAUUGAAUUUCAAUCCUACACUGGUUAGCAAUUAUUCCUUGAGCUUGAAUUAAAGCUCUUGCUUCUGGUUUUCAUUAAGCAGCAAAAAAUAGAUACCUAAAGCUAUCAUCAUCAAUUACACCAAAUGCCAAAACGUAUUCAUUAAUAAUCCACUUGUGUGGAUUUGCAUAUGAUUAUGCACAGUUUCCAAUUAAAGCAGAGAUUGUUACAUGUUAAAGCCAUGUGGUGUCUAAAUAUAAGCUGGUGUGUGUUUUCCUCCUCAUGACAUCCAUCAUCUGAGAGGUUGUUCUCAUUAAAGGUGUCUCUUAUGAACACAGGCACCUUUUUGAAAUUGAUAAAUAUGCACAGUGUGCCAAAAGACUAUAGUCGUCUUAAAACUGUACACUUCCUCAGCUUUUGAUGAAAAAUCUCACACAAACUUUAUGUUAAAAAGCUGUAUAAUUGGUGUAAAUUUCCCCUGUUUUCCUUUUCAGUCCCACACAGACUAUCUAUAGAGGUUUUUGAAAAAGAAGCAACAUUAUUUCCUGGUUCUAAUAAUGUGUUUUGAUUUUUUCCCUAGUUGGGAAAGAAGCUCUUUAUUUGUUGUAAUUAUGUGUAUUUUUUAUGACUGCUUUGAUUUGUGAACAGACCAGCAUGGUAGAGCUCAGUUCAACAAUACUGAUAGAAUAAAUACAUAAUGCAUGAUUAAAACUUCGCAUCAUAGACAUAGUUUUUAUAGAAUAAAAAAUAUGCAAUGCAAUAAUAAUGCAAUAUAGACUCUGGUUGUGACCCCCCAGGGAUCCAUCGCUUAAAAGCGUAUUUCUGAAGCUGCAAAGCUUUCAUGAACUGGUUGCAAAAAGACAAAGGGACUCUAUCGCCAGACAAGAACAUCAAUUUCAGACAAUUCUGCAACAGUGCCAAGGAUUUUAAAUUAUUGUUUUUUACAAUACCUACACAUGGCAACUAUGGUACCACUAAGGUUAGGCUAUGAAAACAUCAAAAGACAAACUUGUGAUAGGAUGCAAACGGCAUGAAAAUCUGAUGUGUUUGGACUCAUGGCUGUACUUUAAAUCUUUGGUCAGUUGACUUUUAAACAACAUGCACUAACGAGCGCAAAGGAUCUGUUCAUUUAAAGGCCUGUUGUUGCAUGUUUUUUUUUCCUUUCAUGUGUACACCAGGGAACUAAAACAACAGUGGUGUCAGACUGUAAGAACUGUCUUUGUAUCCUCCCUCUUUCUCCACUUCAUCCAUCACCCUCCUCCCCCUCUAUCUUUGAGGCCGAGGCUGAUGAGACAGGGCAUUUCGGCCCCUUUUUGCCCUGUAUGUCAGGCUCUAUUGUGGAAGAACCUGACUGCCAGUGAACUCAGACUGCUUACAGAACUGCUGGCUCAACCCCAACGGAAUUUCAAAAACACCGACGACCUCCCACCUCCAGCAAACUGACUGAGUGGGUUUCCACAGAAUGAACUUCAGAUGAAUAGUCAAACAGGAAUAAGCUGCAGAGAGAGGGUGUGUAGGGAUGUGUGCCACGUGAGUGUGUGUGCUUUCUUUUUUUUUUCUUUUUUUCUUUUUUAUGAUUGAGCUUGUAUGCUUUUAUCAGUGACCCGAUUGAUCUGCCCUCUGACCCCCAGCCUAGCUGCUCAGCUCCUUCGCACCGCCGUGAGAACUGCACUUGCAUGACCUCCGACCCUUUAUGUGCUUGUUAGGGUUGUUGAAUGUAGAAGGUUGUGAACUCCAUAGAAUAUAGAAUUCUAUUACUAUGGUGAUGCGGCCAUGAACUGCCCUUUAGUCAGUUUGUUUCAUUCCACCGGCAUGGGCUUUAUUGAUUCUCUCAUUUAGCCAGCGUUAAUCUCUUUUUUUUUUUCAUUUCUACACACUGUCAUUUUUUUUUGCCUCUAGAAAUUGUGGACACAAUUUAGAAGACAAUGAAUGCUCUACAUUGUUAUUUUAUGUGUAUAUUUUGUGAAUAUGAUUGAGUAUUUCUGUAGGUUGCUAUUUGUAUUCCAACUGUAUGACCCUGCUUGAUGACCAGCUGCACUGCAUUAACCAUUUGUACUGGUUUUAAUGACAGACCAGCGACUUUUGUAUUUUUAGCAGUUUAGUUCAUCCACAUUUGCUCCUUGUACACAUUGCUCUCCAUUAGUUUUUAUUGGAAGGCCUGUUUUUAUUGCAAACAGAAAAACAAUAUAUGCAUAUUCAGGUCUCUUGUCCCCUGUUAAUAAAUGAACUCCUACUCACUUUUCCCACAGGAUUGUAUAUUACCAUGUUCAAUAAAGCCAGAUUAUGUAUA